CAUCUGGAGGUGAGUGGUUGUUCGUGAUUUUCGCAUAGGACUAUAAUCCGACAAUUUUCAUACCGGAAAGGUAGCAUCGAACGUCAGUUAACUAAGAAAGUAUAAACAAAGCUUCACCAUGGGUAAAGAGAAGAUUCAUAUUAACAUUGUCGUCAUUGGACACGUCGACUCUGGUAAAUCUACCACUACUGGUCAUUUAAUUUACAAAUGUGGUGGUAUCGACAAACGUACCAUUGAGAAAUUCGAGAAGGAAGCCCAGGAGAUGGGUAAAGGUUCCUUCAAAUAUGCCUGGGUAUUGGACAAACUGAAGGCAGAACGUGAACGUGGUAUCACUAUUGAUAUUGCUCUGUGGAAAUUUGAAACCUCAAAGUACUAUGUUACUAUUAUUGACGCUCCUGGACAUAGAGAUUUCAUCAAGAACAUGAUUACUGGUACAUCACAGGCUGACUGUGCUGUAUUAAUUGUUGCCGCUGGUACAGGUGAAUUCGAAGCCGGUAUUUCAAAGAACGGACAAACUCGUGAGCAUGCUCUGCUCGCUUUCACACUCGGUGUAAAGCAGCUGAUCGUUGGUGUUAACAAAAUGGACUCUACUGAGCCGCCCUACUCUGAAACACGAUUCGAAGAAAUUAAGAAGGAAGUGUCGUCGUACAUCAAGAAGAUUGGUUACAAUCCCGCCGCUGUUGCAUUCGUGCCGAUCUCUGGUUGGCAUGGGGACAACAUGUUGGAAGUAUCCUCCAAAAUGCCCUGGUUCAAGGGAUGGACCGUUGAGCGCAAGGAAGGCAAAGUAGAAGGAAAAUGCCUUAUCGAAGCCCUCGAUGCUAUCCUUCCACCGACUAGACCCACAGACAAAGCUCUCCGUCUUCCCCUGCAAGAUGUCUACAAAAUUGGUGGUAUUGGAACGGUACCAGUUGGUCGUGUAGAAACUGGUGUGCUGAAACCCGGUAUGGUCGUCACGUUCGCCCCCGCUGGUCUGACCACUGAAGUAAAAUCUGUCGAAAUGCACCACGAAGCUCUGCAAGAGGCUGUCCCCGGUGACAAUGUUGGUUUCAACGUCAAAAGCGUGUCCGUUAAGGAAUUGCGUCGUGGUUACGUUGCUGGAGAUUCAAAGAACAACCCACCCAAGGGUGCUGCUGAUUUCACCGCACAGGUUAUCGUGUUGAACCAUCCGGGUCAAAUUAGCAACGGAUACACGCCAGUGUUGGAUUGCCACACUGCUCACAUCGCGUGUAAAUUCGCUGAGAUUAAGGAGAAGUGCGAUCGUCGUACCGGCAAGACCACCGAACAGAAUCCAAAGGCUAUCAAAUCCGGAGACGCUGCCAUUGUCACGCUGGUACCAAGCAAGCCCAUGUGCGUCGAGGCUUUCCAAGAAUUCCCUCCUCUGGGACGUUUCGCUGUUCGUGACAUGCGUCAAACGGUAGCCGUUGGUGUUAUCAAGGCCGUUACUUUCAAGGACAACGUUGGCAAGACAACCAAGGCUGCCGAAAAAGCCCAGAAAAAGAAAUAACUAGUUUCCGUACAUGUGUAUCGCCAGAUGGGCUUCGGCGUAUAAUAGCUGAAGUAGUUUACCUCCUUUCUUCACGUUCCUCGCGCGAAAACAGCGACACGUUAUUCCCAUCGCGGACCACGAUGUUUUCUACGAAAUCGCGACCAAUGGUUAAGAGUAAUAGAAACGAUAAAGAAUCGCGACGACUGGCAUUUUAUGUGCACGAAGUAGCACGAUCGCCAUAUUUUUUUGAUAUUCGUAUAUUCCAUUUGUCCAAAUGGUUGCUCCGUCACUUUUCUCAUCGCAAGGAAUUUCGUAGGAAAGGUAAAGGGUCAACGAUUGCGAAUAUGCAUACAUCCUGCUCCUCGCUUGCUAGAGUUCCGUGAAAAAAGAAUGUAAACUACGUAAGCUACUUAUAAACAUCUGAUUUCACAAGAACAUCAACAAAAAAAAAACAUCAUAAUUUAGCUCGGCUUAAUUAUAUUUUCUAAUUAUUAUACGGAAAUAAAUCCUAUAUCUGCGAUAUUCGAAAAAACAUUCAUUAUUAUUUUUUGCCGUCAUUUUAUAACUAAUUAUCGAUUAAUCAUCGCCAUCCUCUUAUCGUAUAAAAUGCUUUAUACUUCUGACAUCAUUUUCUAGAAAGCUGCUUUCUAUUAUUCAAGGAAACGUUAUUUUUAUCGUUUAUCAUGAAUGGGAUAUAUAUAUAAAUAUAUAUAUAACAGUUUAAAUAAUAUCGAUUAAGGAAAAAGAAUAAGUACUAGUUUCAGUACAAAUUUAGUUGAGAAGGUGGGACCUGUUUUUUAUUAUUACUUUCCAAUUACCUGAAUGGGUAAGGAAUUGAACUGCUGAAAAUAUAUACACACAAUACAUUUUUCUAGGAUAUAUUUCUUUACAAAGAUUUACCUUGCAUUUUUACAUGUUCUACAUUGGAUGAAAAACACGUGCUGAAUACGAUUGCGCUCUGCAACGGGUUCAGCACUUUUAGCCCGCGAUUUUUCUAUAGUUGAGAUCGGUUAACAACGGUAUUCUGUACAUACAUAUAAAUAACAGUAUCAAAUAAAAGUGAAUAAAGGAAUACGGAACAACAA